AUGGCUGUGGAGCGGCUGAGUAGUAUUAUGGCUCACUUGGGAUGCACGACCUCUGGUGCAGCAGGCAUCUCUGCCAAAGAUCCUAAUGAUGUUGUCAUCACCUGUGCGCUCCGAUCUCCAUUUACGAAAGCGCUCAAAGGAGGACUCAAGGAUACCCCACUGGACCUCAUGGUGCACGCGCUGUUGAAGGAGAUUUUGUCCCGGUCAAAGCUAGAUCCGAGUCUAGUUCAGGACGUGUGCUUGGGCAAUGUACUAGACCCUGACUCUGCAUACAUUGCCCGAGCCGCAUCGUUGGCUGCUGGAAUACCGUACACCUCAGGAGCGUCUUCGGUCAACAGAUUCUGUUCGUCGGGUCUUAAAGCUGUCCAGGAUAUAGCCAACCAGAUACAGUCUGGAGCAAUCGAUAUUGGCCUCGCAGUCGGUGCCGAGUCCAUGACCGCAUACGGAGGCCGGAUCCCAGUCCCCAGACCCUUCAGUGAGGAGAUACUCAAGAACCACCAAGCAAAUAGCUGCAUGCAGCCCAUGAGCCAGACAUCCGAGAACGUGGCCCAGAGUUUCGCCAUAAGCCGAGAGGAUCAGGAUCGCUACGCAGCCGAGUCGUUCAGGCGUGCAGAGGCAGCUCAGGAUGCAGGGCGGUUUGACGAUGAGAUUGUUACCAUGACAGUUCGACAAAAGGACAAGAAGACUGGACAAGAGAGACGAAUCACUCUCAAAAAGGACGAUGGUAUUCGUCGAGGGACCACGUACGAGUCACUGGCAAAGAUCCCUCCUGCAUUCCCGCAAUUCGGCCAGACCACGACUGGGGGUAACGCGAGCCAAAUCACUGACGGAGCCGCUGCUGUCUUGUUAAUGAGACGCUCUAAAGCCAUCGAGCUUGGCCAACCCAUCCUGGCCAAAUUCUGUGGCGCAGUUGUCGCCGGCGUUCCACCUCAAAUUAUGGGAACAGGUCCGGUCGCGGCGAUUCCAAAGUUGCUUGACCAAUUCAAGGUCCAGAAGGACGAGGUGGACAUCUUUGAGAUCAACGAGGCGUUUUCAUCAAUGGCAGUCUUUUGUCUCCGGAAGCUCAGACUGGACCAUGCUAAGCUAAACCCGCGCGGUGGGGCAAUUGCACUGGGUCAUCCCUUGGGAGCAACGGGAAUUCGCCAGAUCUGCACGAUCCUCAGCGAGGCGAGGCGAGCGAAGAAGAGAAUGCUGGUUACGAGUAUGUGUGUUGGAACCGGGCAGGGAAUGGCGGGAUUGUUUGUGAAUGAGCAGCUCUAG